AUAAAAGAACUUUGGGGUUUCAUCCAUCUCAUGAACGUAGCUAAAGUUGAACAAAAAAACAAAAAUGGCGAGCUUUGCUAAGAGAGUUGUCUUGUUUUCUUUGCUUUGUUUUAAUGUGUUUGUGGCGAAUGUAGUUGCUAAGAAUGUGGUAAAUACGGAUGAGAAGUACUUUUUGACUAAGGGAGGUGGGUUUGGUGGUGGGGGUGGUUUUGGUGGAGGUGGAGGUGGAGGUCUUGGAGGUGGUUUUGGUGGUGGUGCUGGAGGUGGAGCUGGUUUUGGAGGUGGAGCUGGGGGUGGUGGUGGACUUGGAGGUGGAGGUGGAGCUGGUGGAGGGCUUGGUGGUGGAGGUGGAGCAGGGGGAGGGUUUGGUGGUGGAAUUGGUAAAGGUGGUGGACUUGGUGGUGGCAUUGGAAAGGGUGGUGGACUUGGUGGUGGCAUUGGCAAGGGUGGGGGUCUUGGUGGUGGGAUUGGCAAGGGUGGAGGCCUUGGCGGUGGGAUUGGAAAAGGUGGAGGCCUUGGUGGUGGGAUUGGCCAGGGAGGUGGACUUGGAGGAGGACAUGGUGGUGGAAUAGGAAAAGGAGGUGGACUUGGAGGCGGAAUUGGAAAGGGUGGUGGACUUGGAGGUGGUAUUGGAAAAGGAGGAGGCCUUGGUGGUGGAAUAGGAAAGGGAGGUGGACUUGGAGGAGGACAUGGUGGUGGAAUAGGAAAAGGAGGUGGACUUGGAGGUGGAAUUGGCAAAGGAGGAGGCCUCGGAGGUGGAAUUGGAAAGGGUGGUGGACUUGGAGGAGGACAUGGUGGUGGACUUGGAGGUGGUGUUGGCAAAGGAGGAGGCCUUGGAGGUGGAAUUGGAAAGGGUGGUGGACUUGGAGGAGGACAUGGUGGUGGACUUGGAGGUGGUAUUGGCAAAGGAGGAGGCCUUGGAGGUGGUAUUGGCAAAGGAGGAGGCCUUGGAGGUGGAAUUGGAAAGGGUGGUGGACUUGGUGGAGGAAUUGGAAAGGGUGGUGGCAUUGGAGGUGGCGGCGGCUUUGGUAAAGGUGGUGGUUUCGGUGGCGGUGCUGGAGGUGGUGCUGGUGGAGGAUUUGGAGGUGGUGCCGGUGGUGGUGGAGGAUUCGGAGGUGGAGCUGGUGGUGGAUUUGGAGGUGGAGGUGGAGCUGGAGGUGGUUUUGGCGGAGGGGCUGGUGGAGGUGGUGGAAUUGGACACCACUAAACUACAAAGCUCACGUUGCAUGGAUGCAUGGAUUGCUGUCAUUAGUCCAAAAUGAGAGCAUAAUUGGAAUGAUUUGUUGAAACAUUAUAUAUUAGUAAUAAAUUACUAAAAAGUCAAAAAACCGAUACCAAUUCCAAAAUCUACCCUAAAUUAAAGCUACUUUUAUUUCCAUUAUUACCUCUCUCUUUUUAAUUAUUUCUCAUCCCUAUAUAUUGUGAAAAGAAAAAACCCUUUUGUUAUCAAUUAGGUUAAUAUUUGAUAUAUUGUAAUUGAAAAUUGAAGAUUCAAUACCAUUAAUAAAUAUUUUCUUUAUUUCAA